CAGAUGCAUUGUGGGAGACAGAUGAUUGACGCGGCCGCCAUUUUGCUCCUGCUCUCUGCUUCCAUUGUAUGAGAGAUAGUAAAUAUCUGAAGCUGCCAGACAGCCACAACUCACUUGUAUCCUUGCGAAGAAAAAGCGCUAAAAUCACCCUGCGUGAUACUUCGUCGUCAUGGCUCGUACCAAGCAGACUGCUCGUAAGUCCACGGGAGGAAAGGCUCCCCGUAAGCAGCUGGCCACCAAGGCUGCACGCAAGAGUGCCCCCUCUACAGGUGGCGUCAAGAAGCCCCAUCGUUACAGGCCUGGUACCGUGGCUUUGAGAGAAAUUCGUCGGUACCAGAAGUCUACUGAGCUGCUGAUCCGUAAGCUGCCCUUCCAGCGCCUGGUGAGGGAGAUCGCUCAGGACUUCAAGACCGACCUGCGUUUCCAGAGCGCUGCCAUCGGAGCGCUGCAGGAGGCCAGUGAGGCGUACCUGGUGGGUCUGUUUGAGGACACCAACCUGUGCGCCAUCCACGCCAAGCGGGUCACCAUCAUGCCCAAAGACAUCCAGCUGGCACGCCGCAUCCGCGGGGAGCGCGCUUAGAUGUUUCACCCCUUUCUGUUUUUUCUGUCCCCCCGCCUGUCCAGCUUCUCAGUAGACUUUAGUGUAAUCCUGAUUAUGAAGAGAUAGAAAUAUGUUUAAGUCUGGUCUCUGGUUUUUUGUCUUCACCAAAUGUUUUAGGGUACCUUUUUUGUGCAUGUAAAAGGUUUUGCAGAUCAGACUCCCAUGUGCACACAUACUCAAACACUGACUUUAGAAAGCCCACCCUUGAGCUCACUUGGAUUCUUCCAGGGUGGGAGGCCAGCGGGUGUGGUUAGUGUGGCAAACGGACCUGAAGCAGAGGGACGGGGCCGAGGGGCUAGUCUGCUUAAGGGGAGCUGCAACUUCCACAGCAGGGUGCUAUUAAAGCUAGUCCUGAGGCCUCUGCCCCGUCUGAACACCUCCUGCCCAGUCCGUCCCUUUACACCCCGACUCCCCUCUCGCUCUGCAGCCUGACGGCUCGCUGUACCUUUUCAGACCAACCUCACCUCUGUCAUCUGCACUGGGAGGGGACGGCAGUCUGUGGGUCUGUCUGUGUGGAUGUGUGAGCUCUGAUCUUUCCAACCACUUGUACUCAACAAACAAUAGUAUUUUGGUUGCUUAAGAAUAUUGAUUAUCGUUGUGGAUAUGGUGUCUAUUUUUUUUACGCAUAUAUUCAUGGAUAAGCAUCUCUUUUCUUACCACUUCCAAAAUCAGCAAAUUUAAGAGAGAAAAAACAAUUGAUUUUUAUUUUAUUUUACAGGGAUCUGAUUUGCGAUAUAAAAUCAGUAAGGGCUUCUCUGUUUCCAAUGCAACUUCUAUUCUAAUGGCAGCCACAGAGCGGCGGUGGCUUACCAUCUCCUGCUCUAUUCAAUUGUUCACUGUAGGUCAGUCAUCACAUCUGCUUCUCUCUCUCUCUCUCUCUCUCUCUCUCUCUAUCUAUAUCUAUCUCUCUCUCUCUCUCUCUCUCUGUCUGUCUAUAUCUCUCUCCUCUCGCUCUGCCUCUGUCUCUGUCUCUGUCUCUCUCUCUAGGCUUUGGACUUGUCACAACAGUAUGAAUUGAUAUUAUCGUGAAAGUUAAACUCUGCAUGUUUCUCCUGUUCUGUAGAUCUGAACACAUAAUCUGUCCCUUUCUCAAAAUUUGUGAUACACAAUAUAACCUCAUAUUUGUUUUCUUUUAUAUUUUUCUUAUUCCUCGAGAUUUUCAAACGUAUAAAUAAGCUGAUCUUUGUAUUUUCCAAAUUUCUCAUAUUAUGGUGGUAAUAAAUAGGUGCUAAAACAAA